GCCAAGCUCCAACUUGACGCAGUUGUUUUUGAAAACAGAGCAGCUGAGCAGGAGCACUGCGGAUGAUCGCUGUGGUCCUGCUCCAUCCUCAUCUCCCGUUUCCCCCGGACCAGUCCUCUCCUCCUCCAACUCUUCUUUUUAUUUUUAUUUCCAAUCCUCCGUCAGAGGGGAGGAUCUCAGAAUGAGCCGCUGCCCGCUGGGAGGACGGCUGCUGCGGACUCAGGGUUGCCCUUGACUCGGGGAGGAGUUGGAAGAGGACAGCCGGGGGGGCCCCAUCGCGCCGAGGACUGAUGGAGGUGACAUUGUGACGGCGAAGGACCGCCGGGGAUGCUGGCCGGGCCCCGCAGAGGGACUUCAUCUAGGGCCGCCGCGCAGCAGCCGCAGAGUCCCCGCUGAGAGGAGGGCGCAUAUCUGCGGCGCGUCCUGGUGCUGGAGCUGCGCCGCUGGAGCUGAGGAGGCCUGAGCGGUGUCCACCUCCGGAUUAGAUGGUGUCAGAAGGCAAGUGUGCAUGAGCAGAUAAACAAACCCACCCAGGCGGUGGUGUCUGCACUGCAGAUAAACAAAAGCUGGAUGCUUUCUCCUCCUCUGGCUGCUUUAAUGUAUGGAAAUAAUACUAAAUAAUAAUAAUAAUAAUAAUUAAACAUCAUGAUCAGCAGUGACUGAACUGUGACGGAGAUCUUGGACUGUGUUUUUUAUUUUUUUAAUGGAAAAGAUGGCUGAACAUGAAGAAGCAGAGUUGUCUGAGUCUCUCAGGAAGGAGGAUGGGUUCUCCAGCGAGCCCGAGGAGCCGGGCGCUGACUUCAAGUCCAAAAGUUUGCCCGUUCUAAACGAAGCGGGUCCCCAGGAGAAAGCAUCACUGGACAGCUCCGCACGCAUGUCCAUAACGGCCGAGGAGAGCUCCGAAUUCAUCCAGCCGCCCACCAAGACAGAGUCUAUCCAGGCCGAGUCCCCAACGACCGCCGACUACCCGCCGAAGCCCGGCAAGUCGGCCCUGAACAGGCCCAGCUCCUACAUGGAGAACACGGCGAUCCGCAGGAGUAAGACCCUGGCCAGGAGGAAGACCCCCAGCUUUUUCACGUCCAGGCUGGCUCAGAUCCGCCUGCCCAGCCGGGAGUACCUGAGCCUCAUCCUGCAGGACUCCCGCUGCUUCCUGUUCUGCAUGUGCUACCUGACCUUCAUCCAGUCGCUCAUGGUGUCCGGCUACCUCAGCAGCGUCAUCACCACCAUAGAGAAGAGGUACAGCCUGAGGAGCUCGGAGUCGGGCCUCCUGGUCAGCUGCUUCGACAUCGGGAGCCUCCUGGUGGUGGUCUUCAUCAGCUACUUUGGCGGACGGGGUCAGAGGCCUCGUUGGCUGGCGGUCGGCGGGAUCUUCAUCGCCGUGGGCGCCGCUCUCUUCUCCUUACCUCACUUCAUCUCCCCGCCCUACCAGAUCCAGGAGCUGAACUCGUCGUCGGCCAACGAAGGCCUGUGCAUGAACAGCAACGCCAGCGGCAGGGACCGGGUCGACAUCGCCUCCUGUCCCAGGGACCAGGACGGCAGCGAGCAUCGCCUGUACGUGGCGCUGUUCGUCAUCGCGCAGAUCCUGGUGGGGAUGGGAUCCACGCCCAUCUACACGCUGGGGCCCACGUACCUGGAUGACAACGUCAAGAAGGAGAACGCCUCCCUGUAUCUGGCCAUCAUGUAUGUGAUGGGAGCCCUGGGCCCGGCGGCUGGUUACCUCCUGGGAGGAGUCCUCAUUGGAUUUUACGUCGACCCAAAGACUGCAGUCAACAUCGACCAAAACGACCCCCGCUUCAUCGGCAACUGGUGGAGCGGGUUCCUGCUGUGCGCCGUGGCCAUGCUGCUGGUCAUAUUCCCCAUGUUCACCUUCCCCAAGAAGCUUCCUCCUCGACACAAGAAGAAGAAGAGGAGGAAAAAGCUGAGUCUGGACGACAUGUCCAGCGACGACGACGUGCUCAAGGAGAAGAGCAACAACAGCAAGCAUCAGUCGGUCACCUCGUCCAUGGGCUUCGGCAAGGACAUCCAAGACCUUCCCAAAGCUGCGGUGAGGAUCCUCAGCAACGUGACCUUCCUCUUCGUCAGCCUGUCCUACACGGCAGAGAGCGCCAUCGUCACCGCUUUCAUCACCUUCAUCCCCAAGUUCAUCGAGUCCCAGUUCGGGAUCCCGGCGUCCAACGCCAGCAUCUACACCGGCGUGAUCAUCGUUCCCAGCGCCGGCGUCGGCAUCGUGUUGGGCGGCUACAUCAUCAAGAAGCUGAAGCUGGGGGCGCGGGAGUCGGCCAAGCUGGCCAUGAUCUGCAGCGGCGUGUCGCUGCUCUGCUUCUCCACGCUCUUCAUCGUGGGCUGUGAGAGCAUCAACCUGGGAGGAAUCAACAUCCCCUACACCACCGGACCGACGCUCACCAUGACCCAGAGGAACCUCACAGGCGGUUGUAACGUGAACUGCGGCUGUAAGAUCCACGAGUACGCGCCGGUCUGCGGCUCCGACGGGAUCACCUACUUCAACCCCUGCCUGGCCGGCUGCAGCAGCGUGGCCAACGACAGCACCGGGAUCCGAAACUACUCGGACUGCGCCUGCGUCCAGAGCCGGCAGGUCAUAACGCCGUCGUCUGGCGGUCAGGGCAGCAACCAGCUGCAACUCGUCAUCGUCAAAACCUACCUGAACGAGAACGGCUACGCCGUGUCAGGGAAGUGCGACCGCACCUGCAACACCCUCAUCCCGUUCCUCAUCUUCCUCUUCAUCGUGACGCUCAUCACCGCCUGCGCCCAGCCCUCGGCCAUCAUCGUCACCCUGAGGUCUGUUGCAGAGCAGGAACGGCCAUUCGCUUUGGGAAUGCAGUUUGUUCUCCUCAGGACUCUAGCCUACAUCCCGACACCCAUCUACUUUGGCGCGGUCAUCGACACCACCUGCAUGCUGUGGCAGCAGGACUGCGGCGUGCACGGCUCCUGCUGGGAGUACGACGUCACCUCGCUGCGCUUCGUCUACUUCGGCCUGGCCGCCAGCCUCAAGUUCCUGGGCUUCUUCUUCAUCUUCCUCACCUGGUACUCCAUCAAGUACAAGGAGGAGCGAGUGGAGCGUUGGCUCAAACGCCACCUGUCGCCCGUCGACACCGUGGGGAGCCUCGUGUGCCACCCGGGUGGUCACAAGGGCCACGCCCGCACCCGCUCCUGCCCUGUCAACAUCCCCCGAACCGACCCCGCCGCGCCGCACGCCAACGGCCCCCUGCGUGCCGGCGUCCUCAACCGAGGCGUCAGCACGCAGAGUUGCCCUGGCAAUGAGCUGAAAGCAAUAACUCCUCCCCCGCCGCCGGCAGGUUCGCCUGCAGCGGCAGUCGCCCCCGCCCCCGCUCCAGCCCGCUCGCUGGAACACGUUUCAGUCCGAGUUUAAAUCCCUGAAAUUGAUCCCAGAACGUUUUCUGGCUGCUGACACCCCCCCCCAGUCUGGGUCAGAACCCAUCCAACGGAGGCCCAGAUCCAGAUUUAAUCAAAUGUCGGAGAGAUUUUUAGUGACCAAGGGGCUUAGAGAGCUUUUUCUGCUAGUAAAAAAAAAAAAAAGGAGAAAUGUGCUUGAAAGCAGUUUUGUUUGUGAGGCAGCAGCUGGUGCAGCAGACAGAGAAGCGCUCAGAGUGGCGGUUCACUCCUCAUAAAUCCCACCCACACCCCUGGCUACACGUGCCUUCUGUCACUUCAGUCCUCACAUGUACAGAACAACCAGAAAUCAUCCCGACAGACUGUAGGACUCUACGGAUACCUCAGCUUUCUCCUCACAUCUGUCUGCUUCUUCUUCCUCUCCGUUUGCUGUUUUUUUCUGUUUUUUUUUUGUUCUUCGCCGUCACGCAAGCGAUGUUUGUCUCCGUCAGAAAAAAGACAAAAAAAAAAGAAAAAAAAAACUCCUGGAAAUGUGAUACAGGAUGAUUCAGUGUUAGGAACUGGAAACCGAUGGUAUGGUGCUAUGUGAAAACAGUGUUUAGUCCCAUUUUUUUGUUUUUUAAGUUUUAAACAGUUUAAAUGCAGCCAAAGGGGGUCAGCGUGCCGAGCAGCAGGACGCGUUCCUGUCCGGUCUGAGGCCUUCUGCUGCUCCUGGCACAGCGCCACACGCAGGAUCCCCCAUAGAGGCGCGUUUGUUCCUGCGCCUGCCAGCUCCAUACAGCGCAUCCAUACAUCUCAGCGGCGUCCCGCAGCCCAAUAAGCAGCUUUGCCAGAACAGGAUCGGCGUUUGUCCUCCUGACCUCGUCACUGGUGGACGUAGCCACCUGCAAUCUUUUGAGUAAAAAAAAAACGAAGAAGAAACGUGGAAGAAAAUUGCUGAGAUACUUCUGACAAAACAAAAACACGUACUAAAGAACAAACAGCUGACCUUAGAGGUCCUCUUUAUCUCCUCUUUAUCAGCUGUGAGAGGAAUGCGGUGUCUUUCUCUCCCUCUAUCAUGUGGGCUCACUGUUCAAACUCAGACUUAUGGGUCUCCAAUGACCUUUCUUCUCAGAACAAUAGGAUAAAAAUGAUCUGUCUCGCGCAUCGGUACAACUGUUCACAAUAGUUUUCACACAGAAUGAAUAAAAAAAAAGGUUAAAAAAA